CCUCAGUCCUGGGAAUAGCAAACAGCCCCCGUCCAUCUCGCAGCGCCAAUCCUUCUUAUGUAUGAUCCAUUUUUAUUUCUGUAUUAAUCGUUAUUCUCCAAUCGUGGUCAAGACGUACUCUGUCCUACGGGGCCACAUUGUUGAUGUCUCUUCGACCUUGCAUGUACUCGAUUCCAAGGAAGUUAGCAACUUACCCCCUGAGAUUAUGCAGUCGAUCAAUAUCGAACGAGUCUCUUUUCUCAUAUUCUUCGGGACGAUUCCUAUACAACGAACAGGCACGGCUUCGAGAACGAUGUGUGAGAUUUGAUAUCUCUGCGCUCGCCAAGGCUGUUGCGAAGCAUGUUGAUCAUGGAUGCGUUCAAAGCAUUGUCAAGCUUCGUGAGGGAGGGUUCAAUCGUGUGCUACUAGCCACUAUGGAAGAUGGAUUCCGGGCCAUAAUAAAAAUCCCCUACUGGAUAUCGGUUCCCAGGACAUACACAACAGCUAGCGAGGUCGCAACUUUGGCAUUCCUUCGCUCUAAGAAGAUCCCAGUCCCGGAAGUGUAUGGCUGGUCUUCGGUCACCGACAAUCCAGUCGGUGUAGAGUACAUUAUCAUGGAACAUGUCGCUGGUGUCGGUGCUGAUACCCGUUGGUUCAAUUAUUCAAAACAACAAAAGCAUGCUUUGGUGACAGGCAUCGUUGACAUUGAGAAGAAGCUUUUCAGCAUCCCAUUUGGCGCUCUUGGAAGCCUUUAUUCAAAACUGACCUUCCACCCCAACUGCAGGCUCCGCUAUAUGCAGUGGGCACGCCAGAUGAAGCCGGAGACUCCCAGACCUACUGCAUCGGACCAACGGCUGAUUACAUGUUUUGGUAUGGACAAAGAGCUAAGCUGGAUCUGGAUCGAGGGCCGUGAAGUCAAAUGGAUUGAGGAAUACGGGAAGCCUCUUGAAAAUGGCUUUCCUCACAACAUCGCAUUUCCCGGCCUGAAGUCCCCACAGGAUUACCUUGAGCUCCUCAAGAAGUACAUGACAAUAGCACCAUAUCUCCUCCCACAAGAGCAAGGAAAUAGUUUGAGCAAACCCACUUUGCGACAUCCUGGUACGUCUAUUCCCAGCUCAUCGGAGAAUGAAGUCCAAUGGCUGAUGGGUGAUGAAGAUCUUACCCCUAGCAAUGUCUUCAUAAGUCCAGAUACAUUCAAAGUGAGAUCCAUUAUCGAUUGGCAACAUACAAAUAUCACACCGUUGCUUCUUACAGCCGGAUAUCCCAAGCUGUUCGAGAACCCUGACCCAAAGCCCCCCAGCGAGUUGAAACCACCAAAGUACCCUCUGGUCUACGAGACGAUGAGCUCUGAUGAGCAAGCUCAAGUCGACGAGCUUAUACGACGGCAAAGUCUCUUCUACCUCUAUCGUGUUUUCAACGGGGGCUUGAACAAGCGCGACGAACUCGGUGGGCUCUCAGAAGAAGGCUGGCUACCUGCCCAGCGGUAUGAGGCUGCUGUGAAAAGGAACAAAUCCUUGAUGGCCGAAUUCUCCGACGGCGCCAGUCCAGAUGAGCUAGAAAAAGUGAAACAAGGUUGGCCGUUUCAGGAUCACGACGAGCUCUACUGACAAUUUGAAUAUGUGUGUUAACUAGCAGAGGGACACUUGGUGGUUAGUCUGGUGACUGAUAUAUUGGCAGAGGAACCUGUGAUCAGCGACACGAAUCUACUCAAACUGGGGGUCCCAAACAGUUCUCAUAGAAAGCAUAUCCGAUGAUAUAGCUACUUCUACUAUUUGGCACUGCCAGAGAUCAUACAAAAAAGAAACAUCAUGAUGCAGGAUAACACUUACUCUAGAAAUAUAUAUUGAGCUACUAAUAAUAG